AUGCCCGUUGAGAAGGGAGUGAGUUCUGAGUUUGAAGCAUUUGAGCAAGCUUUGGUGUUUCGAUCUAAGUUGAUUGUACGUCCUUCCCAGUCUUCUCACAAGACUUUCAGGAUCAAGAGAUUCCUGGCCAAGAAACAAAGGCAGAAUAGCCCCAUUGCUCUGUGGAUUCAGAUGAAAACUGGUAAUAAAAUCCUGUAUACACUCAGGAGGAGACAUUGGAGAAGAACCAAGCUGGGUCUAUAA